AGACAGAAGAGGAGAGGAUUCGCGUGGACAUUCUGGAGAACCAGGUUAUGGACAACCGUAUGCAAUUCGGCAUGAUGUGCUACAGUCCGGACUUUGAGAAGCUGAAGCCCGAGUACCUGAAGGGGCUCCCUGAGAAGCUGCAGCUGUACUCGCAGUUCCUGGGGAAGCGGCCCUGGUUCGCAGGGGACAAGAUCACCUUCGCCGAUUUCCUUGUCUACGACGUCCUUGACCAGAACCGGAUAUUUGAGCCUGGGUGCCUGGAUGCGUUCCCAAACCUGAAGGAUUUCAUGUCCCGCUUCGAGGGCCUGGAGGAGAUCUCUGCCUGCAUGAAGUCCAGCCGCUUCCUGCCGAGACCGGUGUUCAUGAAGAACGCCACGUGGGGCAACAAGUAG